CUUGAGCCAAGCCGGACUUUGACAGACAUGACACGUACGUUUAAAUCGUCCGCGUGUCACACUGAUCGCAUUGCGAUUGCACCAUCACGCACACGGCCAAUACACACAGGCAGAAAGACGUGUAGCACUCGACUAAGCACACUCACGCACACAAACACACACACACACGCGCGGAGGAAUUGCAAAAUAGGAGAGCAUCCCCAGGAGUGGCCAAGUGAAAGACAAAAACAAAAAUGGCGCAUGCAGGCAGACAGACAGACAGGCGCAGACAGCAAUGCUGUCCCCACCACCCACCUCACCCACCCCUAUCGACAGCUUUCCAACAUUCCCCCCUCUCUCCCCAUCCCAUCCGCCCAUGACAUGAUACACACACCAUACCAUCCCGUCCGCCCACCCACUCAAAAUCGAGAAAAUGCCCUCCGUCCCCUCCCUCCCUGCCUGCCUGCCUCCCGGCAUCAAUGCCAUGGAUGUGUGUAGGUAGGUAGAUGGGUGACACCGACCGAUCAAGUGUGUAUGGUGUGUGUGGAGGGAGAUAGAUAUAUCACCAUGAGAAGAGUGUGUUCUGUCCCACUAGGUGGUCGAGGCGAUUGAUCCAGUCGAUGGACACGCGGCGCGUCUGGCCGGCCGGCGCGCUCGACGCUAUCGUCAGCAUCGACACACCCGUGUUGUGGUGGAAAAACCUGACACACAUAUCAAGCAAGAUGCCAUCAUGACAUACACACGGCACGGUCGUCCCUCUGUCUGUGUGUCGGUGUACGUACCUGAUGAGGGGGUUGUCGUGUGUGCCGGUGAUGGACUUGAUGAGCAGGUCCAGCAGAUCGGCGUGCGCCACGAGGAUGACCAGAUCGGCACUCCCACUCCCCGCCAUGUGCCACAACCUGCCAUGCCAGCCACACACAAAGACCGAACGUUGGUCCGGUGCCUCUGUCUGUGAGUAUUAACAUAUUGUGUGUUGGCAGGCGGUGUUGUCUGUCUGUAAACUACGAACCACUCGGCGACUUUGUUGGCGCGUUUCAGUGCCUCGGCCAGCGUCUCCUUGGAAUGGCCUGGUGUGGGGAAGCAAAGCAGCACCCACCGAUUGACAGACAGUGAGUGACACACAUAUGGACUCACUGACUCCUUGCAUGUCAUGUAUGGCCACUCUCUCUCUCUCUCUCUCUCUCUCUCUUCUCUCUCUCACCUCUGUACCAGCCGUCCUUCAUGGCGUCGGGGAAGGUGACCUUGCCGGGGAAGUGCUUCUCGAACUCAGCCGUGGCCCAUCCUGCACACACUCAUCUCAUCUCGCGAAUGAAUGAAUGGCAUGAACGAACAUGAGGGAGGGGCCGACUGGCUGGCUGACCCUCUGAGGGCACAAAUCUGCCGUUCUCCUCCUUGUACAUGCCGCCAACCUGCACACACGCACCACAACCGUAAUCGAAGACCACCUUUUGGCCUGACUGAGUGCUCGUCUCAUCUCGUGUGCGGCAGUCAGUCAGUCAGCUACAUGCAUACCUCGUACAGCUCUGGAUUGCAGAAGACGCUUUUCCUCUCGAGACCGAGCGACUCGAUCACGGGCAUGGCCGUCAACAUCGCCCGGAGCAUCGGCGAAACGUACAAACGCUUUACACAGACACACACCAAGAAACAGAGGGAGCAUCACAUACCCUCUCUCCGUGUCCAUCUGCCCCUCACCCCACCCACCCAAGACGUCGACAUACCAGUCUGGGGAGGCCCGCGGCACUCUUCCGGUCACUGCCGAUGGAGGUGGUGGUAGUGGGGGAGGACGCGCUGGCGCUGUCGGAAUCGUCCUGCUCCUCAUUCUCGCCGCUGUCGCCGUUGUUGGGGUUGGAUGUGCGGGGCGGCAACAGGGAGGGCGGGAUGUACGAGUCGAUCAUGGACGACAGACGGUCCACCUGCUUGACGCCCAACGAUGAUAUCUCGGGGUCUGUCCACAGACAGACAUAUAUAUGCACGCAAUGACAUGCCAUGGGCAUCUUGCUGUCUGCGUUGUGUGCGUGUGUGCAUGGGGCUGUGGAGCAUGUGUCAGUCACUUGAGCUUCGCCUUCGCUCGAACUCUCGGUUCAUAUCCAGCCACUUGGAAGUGCCUGCGAGGAAAUGGCCAAUGCAGCCGUCGGAACAGACACAAACACACGCACAGAGGGCGGCGCAAGUGAAGAGUGCUCGUCGAGGUCAUGACGGGCUGUCGGUCCCUCUCUUACCUGGGCUUGGGUAGCUCUGCUUCUCGCGGAGCUGCUGAUAAAUCUCGUUGUUCGAACUCUGUGCAUGACGAAUCAUCAGGAUCUGCACCACACACAAACACACUGGAAUUCGCCUACGCGCGAAUGGUGGCCUGCAUCUGUCGGAGAUCUAUUCUCCCGUCAGCCAUCUCGUACCUUCAUGGUUGUGACCUGCGUCGCGGCCGUCGGAGGGCCACUUCGCUCGCUCCGAAGACUACUCCAUCAACUCCCCGUGAG